CGGGCCCGCCGGUCGUCUCUUCUCCCGACGGCGACGACUCCUGGUGCCGCCACGCCUCCAGGCCGCCGCGGCCCGACCCGGCCCACGCCCUCCCCCCCGGCUCGCCCUUCCGCAUCAGGUUCUCGCCCGGGGGCCUGUCGCCGGUCAUGGACUUCGCGGGGGCCGCCUCAGUCAACGGCCACUCUCCUGGCGACGACGCCUUCGCGUCCGGGGGGUUCACGAAGUUCAACUCCGUGCUCACCGCCGGUCUCCUGAACCCAAUGUCGCCUCCUCCGCCUCCGGCGGCGGGGAAGGCCCGAUCCAGCCCGACCCUCUUCGAGAUGAUGGCCAGCGAGCCCGGCAUGAUCCACCCGAGGACGCAGAUGCAAAUCCCGGUUCAGGGGUCGAGCGCGAGACACCCCUUGCCCGUUCUCGACAGGCAAGCCCUGACCUUGCAGCGAAUAUCGGAGGUCCUGGCCUCGAGGAGUCCGGGGAGUCUCUUCAACGACUCUGCCUCGAGCGACAUGAAGCUAAUAUUGAGCUCUAAGGAUGGGGCUAUAAGCGUUUCUAUGAAUGUGCAUAGGGAAAUACUUGCGGCGCAUAGCCAGUUUUUCGCUGAGAAGCUGUCGGAUCAGUGGAUGAGGCAGCAACAGCGGACGGCGGCGGCGCCCAUAGUGGAGAUAGCGGACUGCGAUGAUGUGGAGGUGUAUGUGGAGACGUUGAGGUUAAUGUAUUGUGAGGAUCUGAGGAGGAGGCUCAUGAAAGAGGAUGUGAGCAGAGUUCUUGGUAUUUUGAAGGUUUCAGCAGCAAUUGUUUUUGAUGCUGGGGUGUUAUCUUGUUUGGAGUACUUAGAAGCUGCUCCAUGGGCUGAGGAUGAAGAAGAGAAGGUGGCUUCUCUUUUAUCAAAUCUUAGGUUUGAUGAAGCCGCGACUGGUGAAGUUCUGAAGAGGGUCUCUAUGGAAGCUAGUAAUGGAGUAGUUGCAGGAAACGACAAUGAGGAAGUGUUGGUUAAGCUUUUACAGGUGGUCCUUGAAGGAAAGGAUGAAAAGGCAAGGCGGGAUAUGAAAGGGCUAGUGGCUAAGAUGCUUCGAGAGAACUCGUCUCAGAGUGAUAUUCGGAAAGAGUCCUUGUAUGCUGCAUGUGAUGGGUGCUUGCAAUCGCUUCGUGAUCAUUUUUUGCUAGCUGCAGAAUCAGAGUUGAAAGAUGCAGCUCAGAUUGCACGGCAGGCCAGUAAUUUGCAGUGGCUUUUGGAUAUCUUGAUCGAUAGACAGAUUGCCGAAGACUUCCUAGCAUCUUGGGCUUCUGAGUCUGAGAUGUCCGAUGCACACCCUAAAGUUCCAGCAGUUCACAGAUUCGAAGUUAGCAGAGUUACAGCACGGUUGUUUGUGGGGAUCGGGAAAGGGCAGCUUUUGGCUUCAAAAGAUGCAAGGUGCCUGUUAUUGCAGACAUGGUUGGUGCCAUUCUACAAUGAUUUUGGGUGGAUGAGGAGGGCGUCCAAGGGUCUUGAUAGGCAUUUAAUUGAAGAUGGGCUUAGCAAUACGAUUCUCACACUGCCUCUACCCUGGCAACAGGAAAUAAUGCUUGCUUGGUUCGACAGAUUCUUGAAUUCAAGUGAAGAUUGUCCAAACAUCCAAAGAGGUUUUGAAGUUUGGUGGCGAAGGGCUUUCUGGAGGAGAAAUGGUGACCACCAGCAGCCACGGUUGCUACAGAUUACUGCAGGAAGUGCUGAGAAUUCAUAAAUCAUUUAUCUUGAUCGAACACUCCUUCGCAAUAGAGACAGAGUCUGAGAUCGGAGCGCCAAGUCGAUACAUUUCCCUAGUUAUUGUGAACUCUGCUAGAGUUCCAAGGAGUGGAUCGCACAACUAGAUAUCUGAACAUCAAUUGCACGACCUUUGAGGCUGUAAAUGGGGUUGCAGGGUUCUCGAAGGCGGGAUAAUUGGUUCGGUACACUUUUAGAUGAGGUUAGGGAACAUUGCUCUCUCCUGGCUUGGGAUAUGUUGACCAGCGAGUGUAAGCUGGUUGCCAAGCAAUGUUCAGGAUAUUCGUUCUCAUACAUGGUUUCAGAGUGUAGAUAGCGGAAUCUAAUCCCUGGGUGAUAUAUGUAACAUUUGUUCCGCAAUAUGGAGUUAUUUGUUUGUCUGGGAUAUCUGAGUUUCUCUGGAAAAUUAUGCCGUUGGCUCC